GCGGUAAAGAUUCGCAAUAUUGAAAUGCUGCCGACAGCUAAAUUUCAUUAAAAUACAGUUUCUAACAAGAUCUUCGAUUGAAUAAACGGAAUCGAAUUCAGUGUCGUCUGCUCCCACGAAACUUCGUAAUUUUUUUUCUUUUCGUUUCAUUAUAACGUAGAAUAUCGGAACGACAACUGUAACCGGCUGUGAAAAAGUUUUCAAUCAUGGCUAGUGUCUCUUAUCAAAUUGCAAACUUGCUGGAGAAGAUGACAUCCAGUGACAAGGAUUUUAGAUUUAUGGCAACUAAUGAUCUAAUGAGUGAGCUGCAAAAAGACAAUAUCAAAUUGGAUGAUGAUUCAGAACGUAAAGUUGUAAAAAUGCUUCUGAAAUUAUUGGAGGACAAAAAUGGAGAAGUACAAAAUCUUGCUGUAAAAUGUUUGGGCCCAUUAGUCAAUAAGGUAAAGGAGUACCAAGUGGAAACUAUUGUAGAUGCCUUGUGCAGUAACAUGGUAUCAGACAAGGAGCAGUUAAGGGAUAUUUCAAGUAUUGGUUUGAAGACUGUAAUAUCUGAGCUUCCUUUGGGAUCCAGUGCACUUGUUGCAAAUGUCUGUAAACGAAUAACUGGCAGACUUAGUAGUGCUAUAGAAAAACAGGAAGAUGUAUCUGUACAACUUGAGGCACUUGACAUUGUGGCUGAUUUAUUGUCUCGAUUUGGUGCUUUAUUAAUCACGUUUCAUUCCAUUAUUUUGGCUGCAUUAUUACCACAACUUUCUUCUCCUCGUCAAGCGGUUCGAAAACGUACUAUAGUAGCACUGAGUCAUCUUUUAACUUCAAGUAACAAUUACUUGUACAAUAAACUUUUGGAUCACUUACUUGAAGGUCUUUGUACACAAACAGCAAAAAAUGUAAUACGUACUUAUAUACAGUGUAUUGCUUCCAUUUGCCGUCAAGCAGGUCAUAGAUUUGGAGAGCAAAUAGAAAGGGUAAUGCCUUUAAUUGUACAAUAUAGUAAUGAGGAUGAUGAUGAGCUAAGAGAGUAUUGUUUGCAAGCAUUUGAGUCUUUUGUGUACAGAUGUCCUAAAGAAAUUACUCCACACAUUAAUAAAAUUAUAGAAAUUUGUUUGGUUUACAUUACAUAUGAUCCAAACUACAAUUAUGAUGAUGAUAUGAAUGAUGUAUCUGAUGGAGAGGAUGUUAUGAUGGAAGUAGAAGAAGAUGGGGAGGAAGAUGCAGAAGAUGAGUAUUCUGAUGAUGAUGAUAUGAGUUGGAAAGUUCGUAGAGCAGCCGCAAAGUGUCUUGAGGCUGUUGUAUCUAGUAGACGGGAACUUCUUCCCGAACUUUAUAAAGUUGUUUCUCCAGCCUUAAUUUCAAGAUUUAAAGAAAGAGAGGAAAAUGUAAAGUCUGAUAUUUUCCAUGCGUAUAUUGCGCUUUUAAGACAAACGAGACCAGCUACUGGUGUACCUCUUGAUCCUGAUGCAAUGGAAGAUGACGAUGGACCAACUUCUUUACUACAACAACAAGUUCCGCUAAUUGUAAAAGCUGUCCAUCGUCAAAUGAAAGAAAAGAGCAUUAAAACGAGGCAAGAUUGUUUCUCACUGUUGAAAGAGUUAGUGCUUGUAUUGCCUGGUGCUUUAAGUAAUCACAUACCUGCACUGAUACCUGGUAUACAAUACUCUCUGGGAGAUAAAAACUCUUCGUCGAAUAUGAAAAUUGAUACAUUGGCUUUUGUACAUACAUUAUUAAUCACUCAUCAACCUGAAGCGUUCCACGCUCACAUGGCAGUGUUAGCGCCGCCAAUUAUUGCUGCUGUCGGAGAUCCGUUUUAUAAAAUUACAGCAGAAGCGUUGCUAGUAUUGCAGCAACUUGUGCAAGUAAUUAGACCACACGACAAACCGUGUUAUUUUGAUUUUGCAACAUUAUCUGGGGAAAUAUAUCGUUGUACAUUAAUGAGAUUGAGAACAGCGGAUAUUGAUCAAGAAGUAAAGGAAAGAGCGAUUGCUUGUAUGGGUCAAAUUCUCGCGCAUUUUGGAGAUACUUUGUCUGAUGAAUUGCACGUAUGCCUUCCUAUAUUUUUGGAUCGACUUCGUAAUGAGAUCACACGACUUACAACAGUAAAAGCUUUAACAUGUAUAGCAUCGUCUCCUUUAAGAGUAGAUCUUAAUCAAAUUAUGGAAGAGGCAAUUCCAAUUCUUGGAUCUUUCUUAAGAAAAAAUCAGCGUGCUUUAAAGCUGUGUUCCCUUCCACUUUUGGACACUUUGGUUCGAAAUUAUAGUACUACUCUGCAUGCAGAUUUAUUAGAUAAGGUUACUACAGAAUUACCAGCGUUAUUAAACGAGACUGAUUUACAUAUUGCGCAAUUAACCCUUAAUCUUUUGACCACUAUAGCGAAAUUACAUUCAGUUGCUCUUACAAGGGUUUCUGAUAACAUCCUACCGGAAAUAUUAGUUUUGGUGAAAUCUCCACUCCUCCAAGGGGUGGCUUUGAAUUCAAUGCUGGAAUUUUUCCAAGCUUUAGUACAAGCAGAUAUACCAGGUCUUGGUUACAGAGAAUUGCUCUCAAUGUUAUUAUUUCCAGUCAGUCAGUCUGUACUUCACAAACAAGCUUAUCAUUCCCUUGCCAAAUGCGCAGCUGCGUUAACAAUCACAUGGCAUCAAGAAGCUCAAGCGGUAGUAGAACAAUUUUUAAAAGAUGUUCAGAACCCUCAGAGCGAUGCGCAGCAUAUUUUCGCGUUAUUGGUAAUCGGUGAAAUAGGCAGACAUGUGGAUUUGAGCGGAAUCACUUCUCUAAAACAUACAAUAUUAAAUUCAUUUUCCUCCCACUCGGAGGAAGUGAAAUCAGCAGCUAGUUACACAUUGGGUAACAUAGCAGUCGGAAAUCUUCCAGAAUACUUACCGUUUAUAUUAAAAGAAAUCGAGGCACAACCAAAGCGUCAGUACCUUCUUUUACACUCAUUGAAAGAGAUUAUUACGUGUCAAUCUGCUAGUCCAUCCGGUGUAUCUCAUUUACAAAACUUCGUGCCUUCGAUUUGGAUGCUUUUAUAUAGGCAUUGCGAAUGUACAGAAGAAGGCACGCGUAAUGUUGUGGCGGAGUGUUUAGGAAAACUCACUUUGAUCGACCCUGCUACUCUGUUACCAAGAUUACAAGAAUCGUUAAAGUCAUCGUCUGCACUUAUGAGAACUACUACAGUUACCGCUGUUAAAUUCACUAUUUCUGAUCAGCCACAACAAAUAGAUGCUAUGCUGAAGCAAUGUAUGGGCAAUUUCUUAGUUGCUCUAGAAGAUCCCGACUUGAAUGUAAGGAGGGUAGCUUUAGUUGCAUUUAACUCAGCUGCUCACAAUAAACCAAUGCUCAUAAGGGAUUUAUUAGAUUCUGUGUUACCACAUCUUUAUACUGAAACUAAGAUAAAGAAAGAACUAAUAAGGGAAGUUGAAAUGGGACCCUUCAAACAUACAGUAGACGAUGGUCUAGAUCUUAGAAAAGCAGCGUUUGAAUGCAUGUACACGUUACUCGAUUCUUGCCUUGAUCGACUUGAUGUUUUUAAAUUCUUGAAUCAUGUCGAGAAUGGUCUCAGAGAUCAUUAUGACAUUAAGAUGCUAACGUAUCUGAUGACUGCGAGACUCGCUCAAUUAUGCCCUACAGCAGUCUUGCAAAGGCUGGAACGAUUAGUCGAACCAUUGAAGAGCACUUGUACAAUGAAAGUAAAGGCGAAUUCAGUGAAGCAAGAAUAUGAGAAACAAGAUGAACUUAAACGUUCGGCACUGAGAGCUGUAGCAGCGUUAUUAACUAUUCCAGAUGCUGAUAAAAAUCCAUCGUUGAGUGAGUUUGUAACGCAGAUCAAAUCAACACCCGAACUUCAGCCACUCUUCGAGAUAAUCCAAAAAGAUUGUACCGGCAGCAGUGUAAAUGAAAUCAAUGUGAUGGAUCAGAGCUAAAAAGUCUAUGAUUUACUUUUUGUAUUUCACAUAGAUCGCUGUUAGCUAAGCAUCCACGGUCAUAUUAUUCAUAGUUUAUUUCUAUACGUUAUUUUUUCAUUAUUAUCUUCGAUCUGAACUGUAGUUUGAGAUGAAUGUGAUUUCAUGUAA